UCAAACCAGGAAAUUUUGUUAGACUGCUUUUGAAAACACAGCUUGCGAGUGAUAUAGUCUAGUCGACUGACGGCACUGCUGAGCGGUGGCAGUAUAUUUAGCAAUCUUCUCGCUCCGCAUUGGACUGUUGUUUAAAUGCCAGGAUGGAUUCGUUAACGUUGGCCUUGAUAAUUGUGGCGACUUGCGCAGUGUAUUUUUAUUUUAAAAAGAAGCUGCUGUACUUCGAGGAGCGUGGAGUGCCUUACGCACCAGGAUGGCCGAUUUUAGGCAACAUGGCGAGCUCGUUUUUUCGAAGGAAACACUUUUCCGAGAUGAUGCUCGACAUUUACAACGUCAAUCCUGAGGCUAAGUACGUGGGAGCUUUUGACUUUGGUCGUCCAGUAAUAUUACUGCGUGACCCAGAGCUCAUCAAAGCAAUCACAAUCAAGAAUUUUGACAGCUUCCAAAAUCACUUUAUCGUGUUCGACGAACAAUUAGAUCCGCUUUUUGCUGGAAAUCUCUUUAGCAUGGCCGGCGAACGGUGGCGAGAAGCUCGGAACCUUUUAAGUCCAGCGUUCACGUCGAGUAAAAUGAAAGCUAUGUUCGGACUGAUGAUCGAAUGCGGCAAAAAUAUUGCCGACUACAUGUCCGAGUUACCGGAUGCGGAUAGAAAAGAAGUGCAAACAAAAGAGUUGUUCACAAAGUAUACCAACGACGUGAUUGCUACCUGCGCCUUUGGCAUUAGCAUUGAUUCAUUGAAAAAUCCGGAAAACGACUUCUACGUGUAUGGUAGAAGAGGUACCAAUUUUGAAGGCUGGGCUAUGUUGAAGUUUCUUUUGGCAAGAAUGGCCCCAUGGCUCAUGAAGCUGCUUAACGUCAGAUUCAUCAGCGAAGAGACCGCCAAGUUUUUCAAGAAUAUCGUUGCUGACAUGGUGAAAACGAGAGAUGAAAAAGGCAUUAGUAGACCCGAUAUGAUUCAAUUGAUGAUGAAUGCAAGAAAUACAGAGAAAAAGCAUCUCAAACUGGACAUUGACGAAAUGACAGCGCAAGCUUUCAUUUUCUUCCUUGGAGGCUUCGAUACUACGUCAACGCAGAUGUGUUUACUCGCUCACGAACUUGCAAUAAACCCCGAAAUUCAGAAUAAGUUGCAAGAUGAGAUCGAUCGAGUAAUGGAAGAAAGCAAUGGUAAUCCUUCGUACGAUGCUGUUCAAGGAAUGGAAUAUCUCGAUGCUGUCUUUAAUGAGUCUUUGAGACGACAUACGCAAGCUAUUCUACUCGACCGAGUGUGUCAAAGGCCAUUUGAGCUACCACCAGCUUUACCGGGAGGUAAACCAUUCAAAAUUCAGCCAGGCAUGGGUAUUUGGAUUUCAGGAACGUCCAUUCACAUGGAUCCAAAAUAUUAUAACAAUCCGGACAAAUUCGAUCCUGAAAGAUAUUAUCAAAAAAAGUUGACUAUAAAUGAUGAAUUAAAUCUUGGAUUCGGAAUUGGACCUCGAGGUUGUAUUGGAAAUCGUUUUGCUAUUUUGGAGACGAAAGUUUUAUUCAUUUACUUACUUAGUAAGUUUACAUUAGUUGCCAACGCUAAAACUUGCUCGCCUUUGAAGUACAGCAAGUCUACAUUCAACAUGAAGCCAGAUGGAGGAUUCUAUUUGGCGAUUGAACGCCGGAGUCAAAAAGCUAAUUAGCAUUGCUUUAAUAAAAAGAGAUUACAUUGACUACUCCAUGUAAAAGUCAUAUCUUAACAACAUGAAUUUACAGUAUGAUAAUGUUCCUCAUUUUGGUGCAAAGAAAUUUUCGAUUAGUACCGCUGAAAGAAUAAAAUUUGAUAAAUCGAAUGGUGUAUUGUAGUUUGAUGUUUAGAAAUGUAGUAACUCAAAUAACACAUGCUUACGCAAGAAGGGAAUACAAAGCAACUGUUACAAAACAAGUUAUACAUUCGGGGAUGAUUUAUAUUCUGUGGAACUUUCACUGCUUAACAAACAUAAUGUCGCAGCUUUAUAUCAAAUCAAUCCGAGAUCCAAAUAUAGUUUCAUAUUAAUAUUUCUUAUAAAAUGGAAGUAUGUAAAUUAUGGCGUGCGGACAAUAAUUGUGCACGGUUUUAUUAUACACAAAAAAUGCAUCGAUACGCCGGGCGCGAGGCUCGAUUUUACACAAGCUCGGAAAAGAGAGCGUGCUUAAGAUCUCGCGUCGCACACGUUGUAUCGAAAAAUAUUCUUCGGUACACAAGUACGAUUUCAGGAUGAUUUCACCCUCGUGCGGUCUUUUUUCCCUCGCUUCGCUCGGAUGCAAACGUCCACACGAGGGUCAAAUCAUUUUCUCGCACUAGUAUAUCGAAAUAUACUAAUUGUGUACGCAAACAAAGCUUGACAAUUGCCACACGAUGAUUCAUGCCAUGUUACCGUGGACAUGUAUAUUAUAUGCUUAUGUGUACAAGAAAACCGUGCACAAUUGUCUAUAAUAAGCAUAUAUUUAGCUUGAAACCAGUUUGUAUAGAAUAUAAUAAUUUUCAAAAAUUUCAUAUUUUUUGAAAAAUAUAAUAUUCAAACCUUUUUUGUUCAAAAAGUAUAAUAUAACUGUGCUUAACAAAUUGAAAAUCGACUGCAAAUGUUAAGUUAGAUUUUCGUUGUAAAAUAAAAGAAGUAUAGAUAUUGCACUAAUUCAUAGUAAUUUCUCUUUGUCAUCAGAAUUUUAUGAAUCAAAUAUAUUAUAAAAUAACGCCGCUAAAAAUCACCGCCAAAAGUAUCAUGUAUAUUAGUUUUAAUGGGAAAGAGAAAAGAGUAUCUUAGGUGGUGGGAGCUCAAAAAAGAAAAAGAAUGAGUCGUCACAAUAAACAUUCUACAAUUUAGUCUGUCUCAUAGUGAUUCAACGUUGUACACGUCAGUUGAUCCAGAAAGUAUUUUACAAAAUUUAUCAUGGACCUCUGGGUGUCUCUGUCUGACAGUGAUUGCAAUUUUUGCUGUGUAUGGCUACUUGAAUUGAAAACCGCGCUAUUUCAAUAAUAGAAACGUGCCUUUAUGCACCAGGAUGGCCAAUGUGCGAUAUAUAGCCAGUGCGUUUUCUCCAAGUAGACACUUCGAAAUGAUGCUCGCCACCGACGGCAGCGAAAUACAUUGUGAUGUUUGAUUUCGGGGUCACGAUUUUGUUGCACGAUCCAGACAUAAUCGAGCCCAUUACACUCUAGAAUUUGAACUGUUUUCAAAAUCACUUUUCGAUUUCUGGUUCAUUCACUUAUCAUUCCUCGCAUUUUUUCACUAGAUUUACCAAUGAUGCAAAUUCCAACGUGCAUUAGUAGUAUGAAAAUUGAUUUGCUCAAAUUCUGAAAAUGAUUUUUAUCUUGAUGGGAAAGAAGUCAUAGAUUUUAACAAUGUAGCAACGUUAACUAAUUUUUUCAUCGCUAUGUAGAUCGUGUCUGCAAAUUUUACGUUAACUAAAAUUCGUGUUAUCCGAGAAGUUAUUAAUUUUUCCAUCGACGAUAUCGGAAAAGUCUUGGGUGUGAGGUCAUGUAUUUGUAAAACUAAGAUUUUAUUUGUUACUGUGUUAAUUUAACUUGAUAUCAAAUGUCAAGACUAGUUCACUUUUAAAAUACAGCAAAUCGAAUUUUAGCAUAAGACCAGAUCAAUAAGGAUUUCAGCUUACUGUUGAACCUAGAUAUAUAUUCGCGAGACUAAUGCAUCUUUUAUUUCAGAUUACUUGUUUUGAUAUGACACCUAACAAUACUUUAUUAUGUUUUGCAAAGCUUUUGUAAAUUAUUACCAGCGUUCAAUAAAUGCGUUUUACGAGUGCAAUUUCGAUCAAGUGC